GACUGCAGUCUGAAACAUGACGAGGUAGAGAGACAUCCUCGUUAGCACACUGGGGUUUAUUUGCUCUGAGAACCCGGAUGAAACAUUAACUUUGGGUCAAAUCAAACAAACAGCCUACGCGCUCAGAGCGCUGGCAGAGUAAAACCUCCUGGCAGAAGCAGGAAGACUUUCUCCUCACUGGGAGCUGAUUCUUCUGAAAGGAGGACAGAUGGAGACCCAAAGACCUGAGCUGAGUGACACCAUGCUGCCAAGGACAGGUUAUGGCUCAUAGCAGACUGCUGCUGCUGCUGAUAGGAGCCGCCGUCACCCACCUGCCUCAGGUCCACGCAGGACCUCUGGACUUCUGGUGCAACACUGACAGCAGGCAAAGUCUGAUGGAGAGUUUUAACGACAUGGGUUCCUGUCCAGACCUCCUGCCCUCUCCUCUGCCUGUGCCGUGUACCGGACUCAACCUGCUGCACUGGAGAAAUAAAACUCUUCAGGAGAAGCAGGCGGAGGUGCUGGAGGACUUCCAGGUGCUUCAGGAUGGCAUCCAGGAUGUUAGCAACCAGAGCAGCUCGGGCUGCCAGCCGUCGCUGAAGGACAUUCAGAUCAACAUUUCACAAUAUGUGAAAAUUAUCAGCAGAGCUCUGAAGCAGUCCGGCGCCGCGGCGGCUCCUCCAGCUUCGAUACAAACAUGUGGUGAAAAACGCAGACUGGGAGAAGUUUGGGACGUUUACCGGCGGCUCGUCAACGGGAAGCUGGAGGAGCUCGCUAAGGACAUGAGUGAAGCUCUCUGCAGCAGGAGGAGGAGGAGCUUAAGGAAACUUUAACCUGAAGGACUCUGAUCAGACUGCUGAGUUACUGUUUGACCCCAGAGGAGACGCCACAGAGACACAUAGACACAGAGACACAGAGACACUCCACCUGAGCUUCAACCUGGUCCUGGAAUCAAGGUGCGUCUGACGCUGGAGUCAAGGAUUAAAAAUAUGGUCUGUGUGCGAAUGGACAUCUUGGACAGAGGACACUGGACAGCUGGGUUGGAGGACACUGGACAUCUGGGACGGAGG